GCCGUAACUGGGGAGCUGUUGUGGCUGCAGUCAGGAAAGUAACGGAAGAGUGGGCAGAGUGGAUUGUGCUGGCGGCUGCCGUCUGUCAUGGCUGCGGGUCGCUGAGGUUGUAUCGUGGACAGCUAUGAAGCAAACAUGACAAUGUGCAGCCCACAUUGGUUCUAGGAUUGAAGAUGCCUACAGUAGAGAGUGAGGCAAAAGCGAGGACAAAGAGCCGUUUUGAUGAGGUCUUUCAGAGUUAUGCUGCUCUUUCAGAAGUGAAAAAAAAGACCAAAAAGAAGAAAGCACCUAAGGAAGAACAUGUUGUACUUGAAACAUUCAGCAACCAACUUCAUCCUGCCAAGGAUCGUAUUCAGGAAACAUUAGAAAGCAGUACAAAUGGUGUAGAAGAGGAAAGUCCAAGGGUUGCAAAGAAAAAAAACAGAGGACCGCUUUGGGAAAGUGAAGAAAGAGGCAGUGACACCACUACAGAGCACACGCAUGCAAAAUCUGAAAAGAAGAAAAAAAAGAAAACUGUUGUGGCAGACAAAAGCAACUUUAGUGAACAUCCCGUGGAAAACUUAGUACAGCAGCUCAAUCCUUGUAGCAUUUCAAAUCUUGAGGGACAGCAUUUCGAGCAUUCUGGGACAGCGGAUACCACAGGCGAACAACGAACACCUACUGAUUAUGAAAACGAGAAAGAACUUUUUGAGGCCUACAGACUUCAAGUUUCUCAGGAGGAAACAAAUGAAAUCAAAGAAAAGAUAAAAAAGAAAUUAAGGGCUCAUCUCUUCAGCGGUGACGACCAACAGCACCUUCUGCUAGAAAAUGGAACUGACAAGAAAAAAAGGAGGAAAAAGAAAGAUAUGGUGGAAACAGAGCCAGAAACAAGUGUUAUGUCUGUUUCGGAGCUGCAAUCGGCAGAAAUACACGAUCAGAAGUCAGAGGCAGCUCCACAUAAUGCUGAUAUACAGGAAAAUGUUCCCAAAGUCAAAGGCAGGAAAUCGAAGAAAAAAUCAAAAACGGAUGAUAUAGAAAGACUUGACGCAGAAGAAGACCAUGCCAAGAAAAGGAACCCUAGACCCACGUAUGAUGACAGCCUGGUGUUGGGAGUUUAUAUUCAUCGCUCUGAUAAACUCAAAACUGAUCUCAUGGUAUCUCGGCCCUUGGUGAAGAUUCACGUUGUUGAUCAAAAAACGGGGGAAUAUGUCAAGAGGGAGACAAGCUCUGACACAGUUUCAUCGUUUUAUGACCAAGAAAGAAUUGAGUAUGUUCUCCCCAAGUUCACACAACCAUAUGACUUCAAGCGGCUGAAGACAUUGAUUCCUGAGUGGGAUGAACAAAUCAUAUUCAUGGAGAAGUUCCCACACUUUUUGCACGUUAAGGAAGACUGCCCUAAUGUUAUCAUAUUCUUUGAGAUCCUUGAUUUGAUACAUGAAGAUAGUUUAAACCCCAACUCAGAGAUUGAAAUAAAGGAGAAAGGUUUCCAGAAAAUUGCCUGGGCUUUUCUGAAGAUUGUCGGUGCGAAUGAUGUGCUUAAUGUAGAUAAAAAAUUACGCUUACAACUUUAUUACCCUCCAAGAUCUAGGGUAGCUUCCAGCACAAAUGUCUAUGAAUGGUGGCUUAAAUAUCCCAGAAACCGUUACCCAUCUACUCUGUAUGUAACAAUAAAAGGCCUGAAGCUGCCUGAUAAUGUAAACCCAAUGGCUGCCCAACUGGAAAACAAUAUCCUAACUUCUCACUUGCACAAUGACGCUGCUCUGAAGGAAAAUAAUUCAGCUGAUGCAAAACAGAGAAGGGAGCCUUUCAGGUGGACUCGACUGCCUGGUCAGGCUUGUCGUAUUCCCAACAGACGUUUUUUGUCUUUUCGAGGUGGGCACAUGGGAUGUUUUUCACUAUGUUUUUCUAAUGUUGGUAGAACGUUGGCUGCAGCAUGUGCAGACAGAGAUGACUAUCCAAUAUACUUGUAUGAGAUUCCUUCUGGGCAGUAUCUCAGAGAGCUUCAUGGUCACCUUAAUGUUGUCUAUGAUCUUUGCUGGUCCAAAGACGAUGAUCAUUUGCUCUCUGCUUCAUCUGAUGGUACAGCCAGGCUAUGGAGAAUUGCAAAUGAGAUUUCAUCUCCUUUAAAAGUUUUACCGCACCCUUCCUUUGUAUACACAGCUAAGUUCCACCCCAUGUCUGAUCAUCUGGUUGUGACUGGAUGCUACGAUGCAGUCAUUAGAGUAUGGAAUAUAAAAGUUAAGGAGAUCAACGCUCAACUCCUACAAGAGUUGGAUGGUCAUAAAAGUUUUAUCAACUCACUGUGUUUUGACGCGGAAGGACUUCACAUGUUUUCUGGAGACAGCUCGGGGCGGAUUAUCAUGUGGAAUACAGGCAUCAGCAGAAGUUCCCAACAGAACCCAGUCGAGCUCUGGAGUAUUUUGAAGGAAAUAAAAGAAAGUGACAUGAAAGGAAUUGCUGUGAAUCACUUAGAAGUUCAUCCAAAUGGAAGGCGCCUGUUGAUUCAUACAAAAGACAGUACAGUCCGAAUCAUGGAUCUUAGAAUACUGGCUGCAAAAAAAUAUAUUGGAGCCACAAAUUACAGGGAAAAACUUCGCAGUGCCUUAACACCUUGUGGAACAUUUGUCAUAGCAGGUAGUGAAGAUGGGGUUGCAUAUGUGUGGAAUGCUGAAACAGGAGACCAGGUAGCAAAGUAUACAGCGCUGUCAUAUACAGCCCCACUUCGAGAUGUGGCCUUUCACCCUCAUGAACACAUGGUGGCAUUUUGUGCCUUUGGACCAAGCCAACCAAUCAUUGUAUACAUUUAUGACUACAAGGUUGCCCAACUUGAAGCUGAAUCAGUGCAGGCAAGCAGUGAUGCAAAUGGACAAAGUAGUUCAGAUGUUCCUACGUUUCAAGAUUCUGUAAUUGCUGCAAAGUCCUCUAUGCGAAUGAUGAAGGUGAAGCAGAAAUUGGAUUCUGUUUUGAGUGGAUCCAGUGGCUUGCUACCUGCCCCUUCUUUGUUGUCCCCUCAUUCUAAACUCAGACUUAUUGGAACAUCCAGCACACAGUUGCAGCCCCUUGGUUCCAAUACAUAUGGUGGUUUCAGCCCAGUCGGACAGUCACUUAGUCGCACACCAUCAAUCAAGCUGCAAAUGAGUGAUUUGGAAGCAAAGGUUUCUUCCUUGAAAAUAGAAGCUGACAGUAUUCUACCAAUCCAGGAGACAGUGGUGGCUCUAUACGACUACACUGCGCAUCGAUCAGAUGAGCUAAGCAUCCAUCGUAGUGACAUUAUCCAUGUGUUGUACAAAGAUAAUGACAAUUGGUGGUUUGGCAGUCUACAGGAUGGACAACAGGGUUACUUUCCAGCAAACUAUGUGGCUGCUGAGAUCCAGCAUGAGUAUGACCACUCUACAGCAUCCAAAUCCCAUUAUCCUGUUUCCCAGGAACAUUCACAAGCAGACCACCCUGAUUAUACUCCCAGCAUGAUGUCAGCAGUCCCCAGCAAGUCAAAGGAUCUGAAAUUUAUGUCACAUCGUGACACAGAUGUAGGCUCACCUGUGACACCUGGAAAGAGACAGAAAAUACAGCAGAAGAGACAAUCUCCUGACUUUACUUCACAGCCUGUGGAUCUACUUACAACAUUCUCCCCAUCUGUAGUUUCUGGCAUGAAUGAUCGUGGUCAACCAAGGCAAGAGAGUAGUGUUAAGACAAGAAAGAAGAAAAGCGUGAAACAAAUCACCUUGGUUGGGAAGACAAAUAUUGCAUUUCAGCCGGAUGAGUAAUAUGCAGGUUGACAAAGUCCAGUAAAGUUUAGGAAAUGUUAGAUUAUAUUAUUUUUGCUCAUUUUAAUAAUGAACAAUAAAUAUGUGCUGAAUUGACACAGUAAGAGCGAUCCCAAAAACACGACUUGGGGAGUGGUACUCAUUAACAACAUGGCAAACUUAUUUACUGCACCAAGCUAUGCCAACUACUUAAAAGUAUAUUAAAUGGUCCAAGAACAGCACCAGAGACUGGCGCACACUUAAUCGUGUGCAUCAUAUAUUUACCUAUAUUACCAAUAGUUUUACCACUUUAUCUGCUUUCCUAGGAUUCUGCCAUUUACAGAGACCGAUCUAGAUCAUAGGUAGAUUAAAGGUGUUCUUAUGAACAAAUAAUUCACAUUAUCCAUGGUGCAUAUAUGAGUCACCCGACCAUGUUUUCUCCUGCACAAUUGGCUGUUUUACUAAUCUACCGGCUACGUAGCCCCCCAGCUCACCUUCCAAAUACUGACCAGAAAGUUUAUUAGAGACAUUCAUCUCACACAUGAAAGCUCUGAAGAAGGAAAAUUGUACAUACAUUUUUUUGGAAGAAUAAUUUAUGAUUAAAAAGACCCAGCUGAUAUGGGGGGAGGGGGUUCUCAUUGAAGAGAUCCAGAUGGGGUAUUGAGAUUUAAAUACAGACAAUACUUCAUGGGAAUAUUAUGUACAUUAGCUCUCCUCCAGGCAAUACUGCAUGGGAAAAGUAUGCAAAUUACCUCUCCUCCAGAUGAAGGGAAUUUAUCGCAUAAUAGCCAAAUCAGAGCUGCCUCCACAGGCAAGAGACGCCCUGUUGUAGACCGAGGUUUUGGGGCUCUUUCCCCUCAUCAGUACAGAGCAGGGUACUGGUUGGCAGUACAAACUUCAAGUAGAAUAAAGCCUUAUGUGUUUAAAGAGCAUUUGUCAACAUGAUGAAUCCUAUUAAACCAGGAAUAUUACCUGGUAGUGGUGAUCAUGCUGAGUAAAAUAAUACAUUUCUUUUCUCUGUUGGGUCAAUAGUUGCAGAGAUAUAUAGCAUUUUAUGUAUGUGAAAAUUACCUAUUUGGAGCACAAGGAGCAUACCGCAGCGCUAAAAGCAAUGCUAGUUCAACGCCCCUAUGGUCUCUGCCCUUUGACAGGGCUAGACCUCUUAUCUAGCCCUGUGUUUUUGCAUGAGAGCCGAGUUAGCUCAAUGAAUUUGUGCUUGUGCAGUGGCUCAGAUUUUAACAUUUAAGCAAAUGACCUAUUUGGAGAGCCAAGGGGCUGGCCUUAGUGCUAGUAGCACUGCUAGCGCAAUGACCUUGUGCUCUUCUCUACUCUCUGCUGCUUUAUGAGCUUGGGAAGCAGUAGAAUAUCCACUGCGCAAGCACCAAGUCAUCAGUGAUUGUGCAGUGAUCAAUGAUUGUUCAGCUUGGAAAGCAGUGCUCAUCAGAUCCACUGCACAGGUGCAGAGCCACUGAGCCGACUCAGCACUUGUGCAACAUAUCUUUUGCUGCUUUCCAAGCUCGGGAAGCAGCAUCUGCUCUUGUGCAAGAACACAGGACUAGAUGAGAGGUCAAGCCUGUUUAAUCUAAGGGCAGAGGUAGUACAGAGAACACAGGGGUGAUGCCCUAGCAGUGCUCCUAGCACUACAGCCAGCCCUUUGAUGCUUCAAAUAGGUAAUUUGCAUAAACUUAAAAACUUAUAUAUCUCUGUAACUAUUGACCCUACAGAAAAAUAGAAAUAUAUCAUUUUACUCAGCAUGAUCAACCCUACCAGACAUUGUGCCUGGUUUAAUAGGGUUGAUCGUGCUAAUAUCAUCUUGUAAAGCAAUCUUUUAGCUACAAAUUUUAAUUUUACCUGCCUCAGAUCCAUUGUGGCCAAGGUCAGAAAUGCUCAAUUGGGACAUGGCACUCUCCUGUUACCGUAUUAUUUUUAAUUCCAUCACUCCAGUUUUACAUCAGCAGUUUGAAGUAGUAGUCUGAUCACUUAGGCUAUGUUCACACAGGAAAAAACUGCAGUGCAGUCCAAAAGCAGAUUUCCAUUUUGGUCUACCAAUGAUUUUCUCCUCCAUUUUUUUGCCAUGUGAACAUAGCCUGAGAACCCAACUGCUAUUUCUCUGUGAUAAAAUCUACAUUUUAAUAUGUAGCAAAGCUAUAUGUAUAUAUACAUAUGAUACCAAAUGUAUAUUUUGUGAAUUACUUUGUGUUAAAAUUACUUGUAAAUUGUAAUUAAUUUUCUCACGGAAAUUAACAAAAAUGCACUUUAUUUUACCAUUAAUGUACAUUACAAUUAAAUUAUAUAUUUAUACCUUUUUGAUGAAGAAUAACUUUUAAUGAAGGAAUGUGAUGAUGUGAAAUUGUUUUACUAUGUUAAAAAACACUAAAAAAUGAAUGGAUGUGUUC